GGGGAGUCGGCGCUUGCGCAGUGGGACUCGUGUGCAGCAGCGAGCGGCGGCGGCGGCGGCAGCAGGCGGACGGGGUCGAGGCAGUGCGUUGCGCGCACGAGUUGGGAACACAGCUUCUCAGAAUGGCAGACGACCUGGACUUCGAGACGGGAGACGCGGGGGCUUCGGCCACCUUCCCCAUGCAGUGCUCCGCCCUGCGCAAGAACGGGUUCGUCGUGCUCAAGGGGCGGCCUUGCAAGAUCGUCGAGAUGUCCACCUCCAAGACCGGCAAGCACGGUCACGCCAAGGUGCACCUUGUUGGCAUUGAUAUCUUCACUGGGAAGAAAUACGAAGAUAUCUGCCCUUCCACCCACAACAUGGACGUCCCCAACAUCAAGCGGAAUGACUUCCAGCUGAUCGGCAUCCAGGACGGCUACCUGUCGCUGCUCCAGGACAGCGGGGAGGUGCGGGAGGACCUGCGCCUGCCCGAGGGCGACCUGGGCAAGGAGAUUGAGCAGAAGUACGACUGCGGCGAGGAGAUCCUGAUCACGGUGCUCUCGGCCAUGACAGAGGAGGCGGCCGUUGCAAUCAAGGCCAUGGCCAAGUAACUGAUUCCCAGGGCGGUGGCGGCGGCGGCAGUGGCGGUGGCGGCAGUCAGUGUUAACGCUGGAGCCCCGGGGGAGGCCUGGCCAGGCCCGGUCCGGUCCGCCCCCGCUCCCCCUCCCCGGCUGGGCGCCCAACUCCAUUUAUUUGACGUUUUAUUUUGGUUUUUCCUCUGGGUCUGUCGGGGCUCCCCUGUCCCAUCCCUGGCUUCCCCCCCCGCCCAUCCCCAGGGCCGGGUGGGGGCGGGGGCGGAGCCUCGAGCAGACCCCCCCCGCCCCUCCCCUGCCUUGGCCCCCAAGCUCACACUACAGGCUGGGGGCACAGGGGUCCAUGGGUGUGGGGGGGGGGGGGGGGCGGUCGCCCCACUGAGGUUUAUUUUUUUUUAUUAUUAAAUCUAGAAACAGGAGCCUGAGGAUUCUGAUUCUGGCCUAAGUGUCUCGCCCCCCCCACCACCCCCACACAGGUCCCCACCCGCCCAUCCGUCCCGUCAUGGGCUGGGGGCUGCGGUCAGGCCCCCCCUCCCUCCAGGGUCCUGCCUUUCCCGCCCGAGGGGUCACGCCUGGGCAGCAGGAGGGGGCCCCCCCAAGAGCAGGCCCCUCCCGGGCUGACGGAGGGGCACGGACGCCUGCCCGCCUGCUGGAUCCCCUCCUCCCUCCCCCACAGCUCUGCUCCCGGUCCUUGCCCAUUGCCCCCCUCCCCCUCCCACCCAACACAUUUGUUAAAUCAACCUCAAUAAAACUACAAGUUUAAUAUGA